AUGGCAUCAUAUCCCAAGAAGAAGUGCGGUGUCCUGGGCGCCACCGGUUCGGUCGGCCAACGAUUCAUUCUCCUCCUCGCGGACCACCCUUUCCUAGAGCUGCACGCCAUUGGCGCAUCGAAUCGCUCGGCCGGCAAGAAAUACAAGGAUGCUGUCAGAUGGAAACAGACUACAGCUAUGUCUGAGAGGCUUAGCAAUCUCGUCCUGCGCGAUUGCAGGGCUGAUCAGUUCAGCGACUGUGACCUUGUCUUCUCAGGCCUCAACAGCGACGUAGCUGGUGAAAUUGAGAUGGAAUUCAUCAAGGCCGAAAUCCCUGUCUUCUCUAAUGCCAAGAACUAUCGAAAGCACCCCCUUGUUCCUCUCGUCGUCCCUACCGUCAACCCCCAUCACUUGGAUCUCAUUCCUCACCAAAGGAAAGAGUUCGGCCUGAAGAAGGGUUUCUUAGUUUGCAAUUCUAACUGCGCUGUGAUUGGCGUUGUCAUCCCCUUUGCCGCUCUCCAAGCCAAGUUCGGUCCUGUUGAGGAUGUGGAAGUUUUCACCGAACAGGCCGUGUCUGGCGCUGGCUACCCUGGUGUUCCCAGUAUGGACAUCAUGGACAACGUUAUCCCUUAUAUUAGUGGUGAAGAGGACAAGCUUGAGAACGAAGCCCAAAAGAUUCUGGGUUCUCUGAACGCCGAUGCCACUGCCUUCGAUGAACAAAAGGGGCUUACGGUUGGAGCCACCUGCACUCGUGUUGGUGUUACCGAUGGCCAUAUGGCUUUUGUCUCAUUGCGGUUCAAGAACCGGCCCAGACCCAGCGCGGAAGAAGUCAAGCAGGCUAUGCGAGAAUACCAAUCCGAGGCCCAAAAGCUUGGUUGCCCUUCUGCUCCUCAAGAGGCGAUCAAAGUUUUUGAUGAGCCUGACAGACCUCAACCCAGACUUGACCGGGAUAUCUCGAAGGGAUACACUGUCAGUGUGGGACGUGUUCGUGAAGCAGCAUCGGGCAGCCACUUUGACCUGAGAUUCGCUGCACUCUCUCACAACACCGUCAUCGGAGCCGCAGGAUCGUCUAUCCUCAACGCCGAGGUUGCAGUCAUCAAGGGCUACAUUUAG